ACAUUUCAUUGGCUUUGGUGGCAACACUGGUAACUGUGGCUGUUGAUCAUAAUAUUACAAAAUCUGUAGUUUAAUACCGUUUUUGAAUUAAUUUAAGAUACAAUUUAAGUACACAAUUAAAAUGAUGGCCACAACGAAUACCGAUUUAACAGAGGAGGACGCCGCCGAUCUGCAAUUUCCAAAAGUACAUGGAUCAAAUUUUGACGUUAAAAACGAGGAAUGCACUCGCUUAGCGCCCGUUAAUACUUCGUGUUUGUGUUGUAAUACCGAGUUAUCAGCACCUUACAUUGUUUGUGUUGUUUGUGAAGUUAACAUUUGCUGUAUGUGUUUCGCCAACGGCAGGGAGUUCUUAAACCACAAGAAUAACCACGAAUACUCCAUUUUUGAUGAUAAUUUUGUACUGUUCGAGAAAUCAAAUUGGACAGCUCGAGAAGAACUUAUCCUGCUAGAUACUCUGUUGGAUUACGGAAACUUCAGCCUCGUCCAUCGACAGUUACCAAAUCGUAGCUUCAAGGAGAUUAAAGAGCAUUACGACGAAUUUUACCUUAACAAGAAGGCAUCUAAUCUACUACCGAGUUUUAUACCAGUACCACUGUCAAGUAAACACGAAAUAAUGCCAUAUCGCUUUCAUCUGAACGAUAUCGAUGACCCACCCCGCCACAAUCCCAAUUCAGUCGGCUAUCACACGAUGGCCGGCUACAAUGCGGCUCGUUCAGACUUCGAGCUUGAGUACGAUUCGAACGCAGAGGACUUAAUUGCUAGCCUUAACUUUAAGAACAUCGACCGUAGCGACCCCGACUACGAAUUAAUGACCGAUCUACAGUGUGCCAUAAUUUCUAGCUACAAUCGUCGCUUACUGGAGAGGCAGCGACGAAAGGCAAUUAUCAGAAAUCACGGAUUGAUCCUGAUUAGGAAAACAAUCGGAUGGUUACAUCGGUAUGAUGCGACCAUAACACGUAGGGUCUAUGGAAAAAUGUGCCGGUUUAUGCAAUUUUUUUCUGGUAUGCACUUUGAGUACCUAAUGGAGGGUUUACAUCACGCCGCCGUGCUUAAAAACGAGAUUUUCAGGUUGUGCGAGUUUCACAAAAAAGGAAUUACAUCAAUUCCAAGCGCUCACCUCUACCUCCACCUGAGGCAACGUUACGAAGAGUCCUUUAGCGAUCUCAAAAUGUUUAAGAAUAACAUACAGCUCAACUGGAAGGUCAAGCACUCGGUGGCUGCGUCAACUUUACCAAUUAAUUUAAAGAGAAGGGGCGUUUUCAGCCCUUUAGAUGUUUUGGGUUUGCCGGGGUAUGAGAAAUUAACGUCCAAAGAGAAAGAACUGUGUCGAAACGUUAGGUUAGUUCCUAUGUCUUAUAUAGAAUUUCGUGAUAUUUUGGUAAACGAAAGUAGAAAGGGGGGACAUUUGAAGCUGCAAGCAGCACGGAGGUUGUUAAAAAUUGAUGUGAAUAAAACCAGAAGAUUAUAUGAUUUUUUAGUUACAGAAGGCUACAUCAAUAAGUAGGGUUUUUUCAAUUUUUGUUUAUAGAGUAUUUUAUUUAUUUAUGUGAAUUAUAUUUUUAUUUAUUAUACCUACUUAUAUUUAUUGUAAUAAACGGUUUACAUUAUG